AUGCCGUUCGGUAGUCGUUUACUGCUCCUAUUGGCGGCGAGUUCCUUCGGUUGCCUGUUACCGUUGGUAACACCACUCUCUGCUUCCGGUUACGAACCUCGUAUUGUAGGUGGUGAAAAUGCGACUGCGACUGCUAGUCCGUACACAGUGGCAAUCCGCUUGACAGGGAAAGAUUUUCUAUGCAACGGAAUUCUAAUUUCCAAUCGUGAUGUUCUAACGGCAGCUCAGUGCGUCUACAAUGGCAACGCCAUAAGAAGUGCAUCCGAUUUUCAAGUGAUACUAGGAACUCUAAUUAACUCGAACAGUACAACGAACGCGACGGUCCGAACGGUGACAAACGUCUGGCCACAUGGCGAUUUCAACUCAACUUUACGCAUCAACGAUUUGGCCGUACUGCGAUUAAACAACAAUGUGACAAACAUCACUCCGGCUUCGUUUGGGGCUAGCACUCCGGCCGUAAAUCGAAGUUGUGAUUUGUUCGGAUGGGGAGCAAACACAACCACCGGCCGGCCAGCCACAACGCUGCAACGUAUAAAAUUGCAAGUGCAGUCGAGCAGUUCGGCACAUUGUCUGAAAACAGCGGGAGCAAAUCUCACCAGCGGAAUGCUGUGUGCAGGAGAUUUACAAGUCGGACGCGGAGCUUGCCCCGGAGAUCUGGGAGCUCCCUUCAUAUGCGAUGGAAGGCUGUUCGGAGUACUCUCUACGGCGGGCGGUUGUGGAGCAGCGAAUGGAACUUCAAUUUUUACUGAUACAACAAAGUUUACAAGUUGGAUUAUUAAUCGAGUGCAACAGGCUGUAGUGCCACCGUCCGAUGGGAGUGGUGGUGGUGGUGCCGCGCAAGCUGUUCUUCAACUUACCGUCCUCGUACUGUCCGUAGUAUGCUCAAUGGUUAUGGUGAAAUAA